AUGGAAGAGCUGAGGGCUAGACACAGUGAUAUCAAGGCCGAAAAUAACCAAGAGCUAGCAGAGGAAGUCAAGGAAUCGCUUAGGCUCAUUGAAGAUUUAAAAUUUUUCUUGGCUACUGCUCCAGCGAAUUGGCAGGAGAACCAAGUAAUUCGAAGAUAUUAUUUAAAUCAUGACGAGGGAUUCGUGAGUUGCGUUUAUUGGAAUAAUCUUUACUUCAUCACUGGUACUGAUAUCGUUAGAUGUAUAGUCUACAAAUUUGAGCAUUUUGGACGCAAGAUCAUUGACAGAAAGAAAUUCGAAGAAGGGAUUUUCUCUGACUUAAGAAAUUUGAAAUGCGGAACUGAUGCUAUAUUGGAAUCUCCAAGGUCAGAAUUCUUAGAGUUUUUAUUCAAGAAUUCCUGCUUAAGAACACAAAAAAAGCAAAAAGUUUUCUUUUGGUUCAAUGUUCCGCAUGACAAAUUAAUGGCCGAUGCAUUGGAGAGGGAUUUAAAGAAGGAAAAACUGGGCCAGAAUUCAACGACUGUCGCUCAGAGAGAACCUGCAUUAUCAUUUCAGUACGAUGAGACUAAAAGCUUGUAUUCUCAGCUCUCUGAUCAUAUGGACGCACAGAAAAAGCUAAAUGGUUCUCCAAAUGAUGAUUUUCAAUCCAAUUUGAUGUCGGCCGCUAUUCAGAGAGAAAAAGGAAGCUACGAACUUUUGGCUAGAAAUACACCUCAAUUCAAAGAUGGGUCGGAUUAUGAAGAUGAUUUUCCAUUAGAUUAUUUCGAUAAUGAUAUUGAUGUUUCUGGCGAAUCUAAUGACUAUAUCACUUUAGACCCAAGUAUUCAUCAGGGCUCAUAUAACAAUCUACUUGAUGAGAACUAUGAUUCCAUUGUUGAUCCUUCUGUAUUUACUCAUCCAAAAGUCUCCGCAUCAACUUCCAGUCAGCUCAUCUAUAACGAUGAAUACUUAAUAGAGCAAACACAGCAAAUAAAGACUCCCAUAGCUCCCGUCUCUGCUGCUGCCUUACAUCGACUCCAAAACAGACAUCCCACUAAUUUAAUGACAUCUUCAGCUGAAGAAGCAUAUCAAACAUUUUCGCCAGUGCCACUUUCAGCUAAGUUCACGAAUCAUAAAUACCAAUAUCCAGGAAUUUCGCACAACCAUAGUCAUACGCAGCAAGGACAUUUUCAUCCACUAGGUGACCAGGGCACUAUUUACACGAGUCAUGUUGAUAGCCCAAUUGUGGGAAUUAAUGCAUAUGGUUACGCUGACCAGGAUUUUGUUUCAUCGGCUCCUUCAGGUUAUAACGGUUCAAUGGAUCAAUUAAUAUCUGCACCACAGGUUCAGCCAUAUAUGGUAAUGGGAGAUCUGGAGUAUUUUGUUCCUAAUCAUGUUUAUGUCAACCCAUCAAAAAUGAAUGCAUUACAAAAUCAUCACUAUGCAUAUCCUGUAUCUUCCACGCGGCAACAACAAAUUAGUGCGAAUAUGAUGAAAAAAAAGAGAAUGAUGCUCCAGCAGCAGAGACAGAAAGUUAAUUACGUUUCUAAGAAUACAAUUGAGAAGACUCAAAAUACAAAUAAAUUCGGAAGUGCGGAAGAAUUGAUGAGAUCUAAGGUUACAAAUCUAAUCAACUAUAGAAGAGACGAUUUGAAAUCUGAUACGACAGAGACAUUGAUUCCGACACCCGAAUCAUCUAUAACUAAUACAUCAGAUCAAAAUAUCUCCAACACACUGUCCAGAGGAAUUUAA